GUUGGUGCCGGGAGAAAGUGCGAGAGCGGCGGGUUGGUGAGCGGUGCCGGAAUGGGAAUGUGUCUGCCCUGUCUGGGGGGCGCGGCGGAGGACGUGGUGCAGACGCCCGACCCCGACACAAGAAGGAAACAACUAGCCGAAGCUGCUGAGAAGCGCCAGAAAGAGAAUGUACACAGAGGCAUAAAGAAUCCAGAAUCUGUAGAACGAAAGAAGAAAAAGCAGGAGGAGCUUGAAAAACAGGAGAUGAAUUCCUUAUCUACAGGCGGUGGUGGCGGUGGCCUACGGUGGCAAGUUGGUUAACGAGUCUGAAGAACUGAUGAACAGCUCCAGUAUUGCCAAUGUAGCAUCAACCUUGCCAGCCCUGGUUACUGAGAAGUUCAUGUUCUCUGCGUGGCUUUCAGUGUUGUGUGGUUAGCAAGAUCCAGAAACGUGCCAUGCUGCUUCGCAUUGAAUGUUCUGUACAAACGCUUUCUGUACUCUUACAGAAAAGUACAAUUUUUUUGCAGUAACUUAAAAACCUGAUUAAUGUUAUAUCUGACCAACCCAGUGAUUGUUAAAAAACUGUGAACACUACUUAUAGCUUCUAUGUUGCACAUCCAGAGUCCUUUGCUUUUGUUAGAUUGUAUUAGGUAUUUAUUUUCUACAUAUUGCCAUUAUUUGUAGAGUGUUGAUUGUAGAUUUUUGUAGAUAAUUUUGCUGCAUCUUUAUUAGCCAAGGUUUUUUAUAUUUAUAUAAUAAAAACUCUAAACCUUUGUGCCUUGGAUAUAGUGUGGAGAAAUAAGUGAUAAUUUAUUUUAAUGCUGUAACUUAUUUACUAAAAUAGCAUUAAUUUGGAGCACCUCUUAAUUUGUUUUUUUUCCCUUCCACAAUGUAGACAUUUAUUAAAACCAGAUCACUAUAUACAAAUGUCUCUAAACUAUAUGAACUCAACUCGUUUAGGAAAAAUGCCUUUGUAGUACUAAAUUAUUAAAAAAAAUCUAUUUGUGAUAAUGAAUGAAUGUACUUGCCUUGAAAAUUGAGAUAAAUUGGUUAUUAUAUGUACAUUUAUUAAUACAAGAAAUACUAAUAUAAAUGUCAAAUUAAGUGCAAAUAUGCGGUUACUCAUUGUGUUCCUCAUUUCACCCUGCAAUGUCUUCCAGAGUCAACAGUCUUGAUUUUGCCAGUUUUAAUUUAGCAGUUGACAAGGAUGCUUGUAGUGUAGUAUUCAGAUGCACACAAUUCUGGUUUGCAAAUUUUUUGUAACAGAAUCAUUGCGAUGCUUACACUUUGCAGAUUUGACACUACUUGGAAGGUAAGACCUAUUGAUUGGUUAGAUGGUUCUGAAAAUAUAAAUUGAGAUGUUUAUUGUUGAAAGUGUGGUUGAAAGCUUUUUUUGGCUUAUUGGAAAUAGAGAAGAUUGGGGUGAAGUUAUUAAAGAAUAGCAUUGCACUAUAGGUCAAUGCUUCCCAACCUUUUUUUUGCCCAACACCCCCCGAAAGCACCUUCAUACUUGCCAACGCCCCUCUUAGACACAGUGUAUUUUCCGGUGCCCCCAAAGUAUAAUAAAAAU